AUGUCUGAAGAAGUUAAAACUGUGAAACCAGUCAUUGAAGAUAGAGUCUACAUUGGCAAUGUCGACUACAAGGCUACUGAAGACGAAUUGAAAGAAUUGUUCAAGGAUUUGAAUGUCAUUGAAGUUGAAAUUCCAUUCAAGGAGAUCACCAAGGGCGAGAGAUCUUUCAAGAGACGCUUGGGAUUUGCUUUUGUUCAAUUUGCCUCAAGGGAAGAUGCAGACAAAGCUGUCGCUGACUUUAAUGGUCACAAGUUUAAGAGGUUAAACAUUUUCCUUAAGAAGGCUGUCCCACCAGCAACCCCUGAAGAGAAAGAAGCCAAAAUUGAAGCUUACAGAGCUCAAAGAAAGGCCAGAGAGGAAAAGAGAGAAGCUUUAAAGAAGCAAAGAGCUGAAUCGCAAAAUGCUUCCGAUUCCACCACCACCACCAAUGGUGGUGAUGCUUCUUUAUCGUCAGAAGGUAAAAGAUCGGCCAAUACCAUUUUUGUCACCAAUUUGGAUUUCAAAGUCAAUCCCAAGACUUUGAAACUGGAAUUUGCUGAAUUGGAACCGGUUUGGGUGCAUAUUCCAAGAAGUCGUGGAAGAUCUAAAGGUAUCGCUUUUGUCAGAUUUAAGGAUGAAGAAACCCAAAAAAGGGCUGUUGAAUUAUUUGACAAGAAGGAUAUCAAUGGUAGAGAAAUUACGGUUGAUAUCGCUAUUGAUUCUAAAAAGAAAUCAGAGUAA